AUUAUUAUUUAAGGAACCCUUUUUUGGGGUGUGUUAAGUUUCUAGGUCUCUUCAUUCAUAAUCAUUCCAAUUGACCAAACUUCCUUGGGUCUCCAUUUUAGCUGAGUUUCAGAUCGGAGCAGCUUCUCUGAGCUUCAGCCAUGGAGGAAAAGGUAGUGUUUAUGAUGUUGAAAGUUGACCUCGAAUGUGAUCGUUGCUACAAGAAAGUCAAGAAAGUUCUUGCCAAAUUCCCUCAAAUUCGAGACCAGGUUUAUAAUGAGAAACAGGGGUUAGUGAUAAUCAAAGUUGUGUGCUGUACUCCUGAAAAAAUCAUGAAGAAAAUUUGUUCUAAAGGCGAUGGAUCCAUUAAAAGCAUCGAAAUCAAAGAACCCGAGAAAAAGAAAGAAGAGAAAAAAGAAGAAAAGAAAGAAGAGAAAAAAGAGGAGAAGAAAGAAGAGAAAAAAGAAGAGAAAAAAGAAGAGAAGAAGAAAGAAGAAAAAAAAGACGAGAAGAAAAAAGAAGAGAAGAAGGAAGAGAAGAAGGAGGAGAAGAAGGAGGAGAAGAAGAAGGAAGAGAAGAAAGAACCCGAGAAGCCAAAAGUGGUGGCGCAUCCGGUUCAAGGCUAUCCGCCGCCGCCAUAUUCUGUUCACGGCGGUUCAUUUUACGAGGGUCAGCCCUGUUACCAAUACCACGGCUAUGGAAUACCGGCGGCGCCACCCUGCUACGUGGGUAGGCCGAUUUACGACAGCUAUGGUGGUGGUUACGGCGGCGGAUACGGCGGCGGAAGGGGAUAUUAUGCAGGACCCUCAUCUGAUUAUUACAACCCAGAAAAUCCAAACACAUGUUCUGUAAUGUGAAUCAAAUCCGAUACAAGAUGAGACCCAUGUUCGUAAUUGUGAUCCUCACGGUAAAUUAUGAACAAUGUUGAAAUUCUGUGUCAUUUCUGUUUUCUUUUUCUUUUUUUUCUCUUUGUGUUGAAAAUUAGAUGCGUUUCUUUUAAGAUAAAAAUAAAAACAGGGAAGAAAUGAAACGAAAUGAAAUAGAACGAAAGGGUUACUUUUGUUUGUUUGAUUAUAUGUAUAAAUUAUAAAGUUUGUCCUUUUUAUAGAUUCUCUCAA